AGGCCGAUUCCUCCCGAGAGGCCGCGCCAGGAGGCCUUUGAAGCUGCCGCGGCGGCGGCGCCGGCGUGCGCCAUGGCCGCGGCCCGCGCCGCUCUUUGCCUGGCCCUGGCGUGCGGCGCGCUGGCCGGCGUGGGCACGGCGGAGACGCCGGCAGCACCCCUGGCAGCGCCCUUGGACUCUGCGGCGGCCAGGGCCAACACGGUCGGGACAGAGGCCCGGAGUGUGCGUGCUCCCCCCGCCCAGAAGAGGGCAGCUCCAGAUCCGCAGAUCCAAGCGCACGUCGACUUUGCCGUGGGCUGCGUGCUGCUGGGCGCCGUGACCUUCAUCAUGACGCUCUUCUACUUCCUGAACAGCCAGGACCCGGACAGGCGCAACUACUCCUGGGCCAUCGUCAGCUCGGCCAUCGUUACUUUCAGCGGCGUGCUGGUCACGAGCGCGUGGAACGGCCUGCUCAAGUACCUGUACAGCGAAUGUGUAGGGAGUGCACCUGGACAGACUGCACAGGCCGUGCUUUGUCUGUGGGCAUACCUGGGCUGGUACUUGGCGCUGCAGGUGGUGCUCGCCUAUCAGUCUGGCGCCAUAGGGCAGGCUCCGAAAAGUAUAGACGAUAUGGUCUCGGAGUGCAAGUGUUGGGCAACGCUGAUGAGCAUGAUCACCGGCAACUCUUGCAUGAGUUUCUGGGGCCUUGUGCAAAUUUCUGUCCGCACGGCGUACCCCGAAAGUACUCUUGCCAUCUUUCUGGUCAUUCCGACAUGUGUGAUUCUGUCAGCUAGUCCUGUUUUGGAUGUCCCAGCGCGUCCGAUACUGGAUCGCCUUGGCCGACGAUGGCGCGAUGGACCAGUAUGAAGCGCUGUGGGACAAGUUUGUGGCAGACCUGGAGGGGGGCGUCCUGAACAUGUCGGCAUCGCACCUCUCCAUCCAGGCCAUCCGCGCGGUGAUAUCCGGCGACAUGCCGCUGUUCAACGGGACGAACCCGCCAGGAUUCCAAGCCCAGCACAAGGACUCUGUCGAGCUGUUCCUCAUGGCCGUGGUGUUUGGGAUCGCCAUGGUCAUCGUCAACCUGAUGCAAGUGCGGUUCCGCGGCACGGAGCUGAAGAUCACGAAGAGCCGGCUGAAGGGCACCCUCGGCAACUGCAUCGCGUUCUGCCUCCUGUGGUCCCUGAACUGGUCCAUUGGGAGAACCCUGGGCGUCCACGGCGUGGUUGGCGGCAUGGUCCUGGCUCUCGUGGUGACCAUGCUGGGGAUGUUUCUGAUCGUCGCCCUCGACCAGCUUGCAGACCUCGAGUGCACGAGCGAGAAGUUCGACGAGGAGCUCUAUGCCUUCUGCCCGUGCAUCGCGAUCCUGAUCGGGUUCUCGUGGAAGCAGGCGUUCACGACCUCCGUCGGAACGCUGACGCAGCAAACGCACUACCUUGACCCAGCCAUCGAAACAUUGAUAUUGACAGCCUGCCUCGUCACGGUUGUCAUCCCCGCCUGGAAGUUGUAUAUACUUCCCGUCAUCUUGGAGCCCGAGCUGGCGGCCAUCAAGAAAACCAUGCCCGACGUGGAGCAACCUGCCCCCGCGCCCGCUGCCGAUGCGCACCUCGAGGGCGAGAACGCCGUCAGGCUCUCCAUCGCGGGGACCGCCCAGUACGACGUGAAGACGAUGCAGGAGGCCGAAGAGCAGAAGGACCCCUCCCGGGCGGAGGGGCUCCACGCCGCGCUGCUGCAGGGGCGCGGGCCCGCGAGCGGGGCGGGCAUGGGCGACAUCUGCUUCAGCCGCGCGGCCGGCGUGGGGACCCCGGCCACGGACAACGAGCUGCUCAGACGGCGCAACGAGGAGCUCGAGCUGGCGAUCGCCCACAUCCGCGGCCUCUGCUCGACCGCCGGCGCCGCGCAGAGGAGGUGACUGGCCGCGGGGCGUGCCUUGGGCUUCUGCACCGGUCGACUUCCUCCUGCCGUCGCCGUGCCCCGUGCUGCCACCCAGGAGAAAAGGGGAGGGGAAUCAGCAAGAGGACUGGCGGGAACUGGGACGGGCGAUCAUCAAAGUUCCUCGUCGCUCUUCUGCUGUUCUGGCCGUCUCUUGUUGGGUCCUUCCAGUGUCUGCUUUUUCUCGCCCAGCUCUCUCCUCCCCGGACAUUCCGAGCCAGCCAUACCGUCGGCGACAUCGCCUGCGUGGUCAUUAGGCCGCCCAGAGCGGAUCGCCAUACGACUUAUGUGUUUCUUCUGCUUUUGUACCCGCAGCCGGUGGGCGUAUGUUUCGGCAGGCGGGCGCUUCCGACGUACCAACCAUGGUUGGCAACUCCUGCCAGUUCGCAUCAAUAUGUUUGAAGCUCAGCGCGUUUCCAAGUGGCAAAUCAGCUUUUGAGGCGGCAGCAGUCUUGACGGAGCACGCGGACCACGCUUUCGGCCAACCGCUUUCGCUCGCCCGCGCCCUUCCCGCAUGUGCAGAGUUUGCCCGGGUGCGCCUCGUAAGUGGCCUCCUCCUCUUCGGGUCCCAACGCGAGCGGCCUGAAUGACAGCGGGUUUCAGGAUGCCGAGGAAGCAUGAUGAGGGAAACACCCAGCCCUGGGCGUUUUUUUCGGAACGGCUCCGCCCUGUUCGAUCUCCCCU